AUGAGCUACAAGACGAACUACGAGCCCUAUCGCUCAGCCAGCCGCAGACAAGGCAUACCGGCAUCCCCGAGCCUGCAUCCUCUUUCGGCACUCUAUCCACAUGUCGAAUCUCUGCGACCAUCCCAGCUCCAUGAAGUCAUUCCGGAGUGGUAUAUGGAGGAGCACCCCGAGGCAGCAGCCCAUUCAUACUGGGCAAGAGUGGUUGGCUACACUUCAGCAGAACCUGCCAGCCCGACUGCUUCGCUUUCCUCGCAACAUUCAAUCAACUCUUCCGCCUCAAGACAAAGCCGGAACCGCAUGCGAGCCAUAUCAAAGAUGCGCAAGACUCUCCGGGGCGCUGGGAGCACGGCCAGCCUGCGAAGUACUUCCAGCCGCAGUACCCACGCAUCCAGGGCUCGUUGA